AUGGAUCCCGUUGCCCAAGAUGUGAACCUGAACUCCCCCAACAAGGGUCUGCCUGUGGAACAUUCCGGAGGGCUCGACGGUUUUCCAGUGGAAGGCACGCUGGGGAACCCCGGCAACCCGCUCCCACCAGGCCUGACGGAGGAGGAAGCUGAGGAGCUUCGCAGCGAACUCGCCAAGGUGGAGGAUGAGAUCGGCACCCUGCGUCAGGUUCUGUCCGCUAAGGAGAGACAUGCAACAGAGCUCAAAAGGAAACUGGGCCUGAGCCCCCUCAACGAGCUCAAGCAGAAUCUCAGUAAAAGCUGGCAGGAUGUCCAGACCUCCAAUGCAUAUGUGUCUGCCUCGGCUACUUUGGAUGACAUUACCCGCUCUGAAGCAUACAAGAAGACUCAGGAGACCCUUUCCCAGGCAGGACAGAAGACCAGUGCGGCUCUCACCACCAUGGGCUCGGCCAUUAGCAGGAAGCUCGGUGACAUGAGAGCGCUCCCUUUCUCCAAUUCUUUUAGUAGCCACUAUUCCAUUCGCCACUCCAUAAGUAUGCCAGCUAUGAGAAACUCUGCUACCUUCAAGUCGUUUGAGGACAAAGUGGGCAAUCUGAAGUACAAGGUGGUGGGGCCCCGAGGAGAUGAGGGGAUGAAUUCCACUUCCCCGACCCAGGAGAACCCACCUUUCUGA